AUGAAUGUAGACGACGUGGAGGAUCACGAUGGUGUCAGACUAUCUUGGAACGUCUGGCCAAGCAGCAAGGUGGAAGCCACUCGCACAGUGGUCCCCAUCUCUGCCCUCUACACUCCUCUGAAGGAGAGGGAGGAUCUGCCUCCUGUCAUGUACGAGCCAGUCACUUGCAAGCCUCCAUGUCGAGCAGUGCUCAACCCUUACUGGUCAGUUUCAAUCGCACGCACAUGCGCGCCUCUCGCUUCAUCCUAACUCACUCCAACGUGCCGCACCUCGACAACUAGUCAAAUCGAUGUUCGAGGCAAAUUGUGGAUUUGCCCCUUUUGUCUCUCGCGCAACGCUUUCCCACCCCAUUAUCGCGACAUUAGCAGCACCAACUUGCCGGCGGAGUUGCUGCCAAAGUACACGACGAUCGAGUAUACGCUCAGCAGACCUGCUCAAAUCCCUCCCAUCUUUCUCUACGUCGUCGACACGUGCUUGGAAGAGGAGGACCUCAAGGCUUUGAGAGAGACGCUCGUCCUCAGUCUCAGCCUGCUGCCCCAGAAUGCACUCGUUGGUCUGGUCACAUUUGGCACCAUGGUGAGCAGCCGGCCUGCUUGCUGCUCCACUCCGCUGUGCUGUGCUGUGCUGUGCUGUGCUGUGCUGCACUGACGUCCAUCUCCACCUGCUGGCGCAGGCUCAAGUGCAUGAGCUGGGCUACGAUGCGUGCCCAAAGAGCUACGUGUUCCGCGGUACCAAGGAGUACACGCCAAAGUCCAUCCAGGAUGUGAGCAUAGGGCGAAUUCAUCGGUUCGCGCAGCGUUGACACUAUCAUCGCACUCCCUUUAGAUGCUCGCGCUGACGCCAGGAGCACGUCCAAUGGCACCCGGAGGCCCAUCGAAUCCGCAACAGCAGCAGCAGCAGCAGCAGCAGCAGCGCGCGCCAGGUCAAGCCGGCGCUAGCCGAUUCCUGCUUCCCGUCAGUCAGUGCGAGUUCCAACUGACUCAGAUCCUCGAGCAGCUUCAAAAGGAUCCUUGGCCCGUCGCGAGCGACAAGCGUGCGCAACGCUGCACCGGAACCGCCCUCUCUGUAGCCAUGGGCAUUCUGGAGACCACCUUUCCAAAUACGGGUGCUCGCGUCAUGCUGUUUGCAGGUGGACCGGCCACCGAAGGCCCUGGUAAUGUGGUUUCCACGGAGCUCCGAGAGCGCAUCCGCUCUCACCACGACAUUGACAAGGACAAUGUCAAGUUUUACAAGCGAGCCAUCAAGUUUUACGAGGCGAUGGCUAGGAGGAGCGCCAAUAAUGGGCACUGCAUCGACAUCUUUGCAGGCUGCUUGGAUCAGGUCGGUCUGCUAGAGAUGAAAAGCUUGGCCAACUUUACCAACGGUCACAUGAUCCUUGCAGACUCUUUCCAGAUGGGCAUCUUCAAGCAGAGUUUCCAAAAGAUCUUUCAAAAGGAUGACAAGGGUGAUCUCAACAUGGGAUUCAAUGCGACCUUUGAUGUUCAGGUGAGCAUCGGUGGCGCGUGCGAAGCGCGCAUCCGCUAACCCCCCCCAGCAACCUGCCUCGACCCAAAAAGUGCACCAAGGAGCUCAAAGUCAGCGGUCUGAUUGGACACGCCAUCUCCGCCAACAAAAAGUCUGCAUCCGUAGGCGAGACGGAGAUUGGUCUGGGCGGAACCUCUGCUUGGAAGAUUUGCAGCGUCGACCCGCGCACUGCUCUGGGUGUCUACUUUGAAGUCGUCACUCCAGCCGGGCAGCCCCUGCAGCCUGGCUCUCGAGGUCUGAUCCAAUUCGUGACGCACUACCAGCACGCUUCAGGACAGUACAGACUUCGCGUCACUACGAUAGCGCGGAACUUUGCCGAAGGCGGCUCUGCGCAGAUUGCAGCUUCCUUCGACCAGGAAGCUGCGGCGGUGCUGAUGGCGAGAAUCGCAGUGUUCAAAGCGGAGAUUGACGACUCUCCAGAUGUGCUCAGGUGGCUCGACAGGAUGCUGAUCCGGCUGUGCCAAAAGUUUGCGGACUACAGAAAGGACGAUCCGACAUCCUUUAGGCUUUCGGAAGGGUUCAGCAUCUACCCUCAGUUCAUGUUCCACCUGCGAAGAAGUCAGUUUCUGCAGGUGUUUAACAAUUCUCCCGACGAGACGGCAUUCUAUCGACAUGUGCUCAAUACGGAGGAUGUGAACAACAGUCUGAUCAUGAUCCAACCGACGCUGAUGAGUUACGGUUUCGACACGCCCCCUCAACCUGUGCUGUUGGAUUCCGUGAGCAUCAAGCCAGACGUGGUGCUCCUCCUCGACACCUUUUUCCACAUCCUCAUCUUUCACGGCACGACGAUUGCCGAAUGGCGCAAAGCUGGCUAUCAAGAUCAAGAAGGCUACGAGAAUUUCAAAGAGGUGCUGGAAAAUCCAAAAGCGGAUGCUCAAGAUCUGUUGCAGGAUCGUUUUCCCAUUCCGCGUUACAUUGUCUGCGAUCAGAAUGGAAGUCAGGCUAGAUUCUUGCUCUCCAAACUCAACCCCAGCACCACCCACAUGUCUGGCGGAGGCAUGUACGGAACGGCAGGUGCUGGCGCGGCCAUCUUUACGGACGAUGUCAGUCUGCAAGUCUUCUUGGAGCACCUCAAACGUCUGGCAGUGGGCGCUAGCUCCUCCUAA